AUGGACCCUCUUUGUGUUGACGAUGUUCUAACAAGUCCUGCUGGAUCAAUGAACGCAUUCGUCGCUACGAGACCACCCGGGCAUCAUGCAUCAAGCGCAAAAAGCAGCGGUUUCUGCAUUUUCAACAACGUUGCGAUUGGUGCGAAAUAUGCUCAACAGAAAUAUAAUGUGAAAAAGAUACUUGUGUUGGAUUGGGAUGUACAUCACGGGAAUGGAACCCAGGAAAUAUUCUAUGAAGACGAUUCGGUGCUUUAUAUGUCGAUUCACAGGCAUGAGCGCGGAGAAUUUUAUCCAAUGGGAGAACCCAAGGACUAUUUUGAUACGGGAGAGGAAAUUGGAAAAGGAUUUUCGGUGAAUGUUCCAUUCAGCGGCCACGCAAUGGGAGAUUUUGAAUAUCUGUCCGUUUUUCUCAAAGCGAUAAUGCCAAUUGCUUAUGAAUUCAACCCGGAACUUCUUUCACCAGAAGCUUUUGCUUCUAUGACCCAUCAACUGUGUAGUCUGGCUUCCGGAAGAGUAAUUGCAAUUUUGGAAGGAGGGUACAAUUUGACGGCUUUGUCGAAAAGUGCACUCGCAGUAUGCGAAGUACUGAAGUAUCAAACGAUGGUGCGCCGAUUAAAAGCAGAAACAGAGGAGCAAAAGAUAAAACUGAGACCAGAAUGUAUCAAAGUCCUUCAAAAAGUAUGUUGGGAACAGGCGAAAUACUGGAAAAUUCUUCGUGGAUUCAACACAAUCAUUGGUACUGUAUCUAACUCGAAACUGAUAAAUAAGUCUGGCAAGCCUUCGAGCAGUGCAAGAUCAUCAGCGGCGAGAGCGAUGUCUAAACAAUGUUUGACACCAAGUGCGCCGCCAACUCGAAGGUCUCCAAGACUUGUUGACCCUUCACGUGAGAAUUGUGACGAAUCGAUGAGUGGACCAUCGAGUAGUAAGGAUAUGACACCGGUCGGUGAGGUCAAUGGCCUCUAUGCAGUCACUCCGGCAUCGCAUUGUCCGCAUUUGGAUCAAGUUCGAGAACUUCCAAGUACUGGAAUUGAUGCCUCAAUGGUAUGCGAAGGAUGUGGAAUUAAAGCUGAAGUUUGGGUAUGUCUUCAUUGCUACAAGGGGAAUUGUGGCCGAUUUAUAAACGAGCAUGCAUUGAUUCACAGUGUCACCGAAGCACACCCGAUGGCUCUUUCGUUGGCUGAUCUCAGUGUCUGGUGUUAUCCGUGCAACACAUACGUACACAAUCCAGUUUUGAUUCCGGCCAAAUCUUCGGUCCAUCAGAGCAAAUUCGGCGAACCGAUGCCUCAUUAA